GAGUACUUUGUUGAAUACGAGCUAUAGUUAUAGCACCCUAUCAAUGUGAGCCCUGAGUAGUGGAGAACUCGUAGUUGUGUUCAAUUAUGGCACCUUACCCUCUGUCACGGGAUGGGACGUGUCCCAAUUGCAAGUCGAGUGACGUGGCUUACGUGAUUCAGCAAAGGCAUUUCUCAUCAGGUAUACUGGCGCCUGUAUUCCGCAUACUUCUGAAGACUAACCGUGCUGUGAUUGGCUUGGAGCAGCUCGUUGGUACAACGGAAUUACCUAGUAUGAUCUGUUGUGAUCAGUGUACGACUAUGUCUACAUUGCGUGGCUGCUUCAAUCUGGACUGGCGCUACACCACCUUGCCGGCUGCAUUCGCUUUGACCCGAGACAUGAUCCAGUGUGAAGAAAGAGAGCCCGUGGACAUGCGCCAGCUAAUGGAGCUUGGUCAUGAGUGUUUGAAACAGCUGCAGCCCACCUUUCCCAGCGCCGCUCCGGUUGUAUUCAGCAAUAGCAAUCAGCCGACAAUGCCCUCUGCUAGCACGAUUGCACCAUCUUCAUUGCAAGACACCAUCGCAUCCACAUUGCGGUCUGUGCGCAAGGAAUGUGAGAUUAAUAUCGGCCAUCAGCACGGUGAACAGAAGAACAAGUCGUUGCUGCUUUCACGUAAAACAACAUCCGGUGAAAAACGUUCACGGUGGUCAAAUGCCACAGUCAAGAACGUGUCCCUUCGCGAAGAGAGAAAGGACAGCUCACCAACCAGAUAUGCUGUUGCUGCUGCUGUCAGACCCAGUAUCAAUGCCGAUCAGCCACAGCAGCAGAAAUGGAAGUCUUUUGGUUCGGCGGAGAACAAUGUUGCAUUUCGUCAACAGUCUGAACGACCAGACCUGUCCAGUACUGCGGAUAGUCAUAAUGCUGCUGAUAGUCCUGCAGCUCAGUUCUCAGCAUCUGCAAGCGACAGUAGUCGGGAAAUGCCGACAAAUAGAACUUUUCAGACUGCCUCCUCUGUCAACACAGCCAUAGCUGGUACCUGCUCCAGUAUCAAAGAUGGUGUUGCUGCUCCAACUCUGCCAAGUAGCACUGAUUCCAGUAUUGAUAGUAAGGUACAUGAGCCUGACACUGUCUCUAACGUCGGUAUCAAAUCUGCAGCUCCAACACCAGUGGCAUCAUUCAACACUGAUCAUGACUCUUCCGAAUGUGGCGAGAUCACCGAGGAGCCUGAGACCUGCCCGGAUGGAGUAUCUAGCACAGUUUGGCAGUUCUAUCAAAAUCGUGUGUUGAAUUCUAAGUCAUCCAGGUCUGGCGACAGCGCGCCAAUGCCCGUCAAUGCUGCUGCAGGAACCACCGAAGCUGGCGGUGUUGGUCAAGAGAACUGCGCUAUGUCUUCCGAAUCAUGGAGUGCUGUCAAUGUUCAGGAGGUGUUGCGUGCCAGCAAUGCUAGCUUCUCACAGACCUACGAUGAGCAAGCUGCCAAGCAAAGGGUUGCUGCUCUUCGCCGAAAGUCAAGAAGCAGUGCAAGCCACGCCAAUGUCAGUGAUAAACAACAAACAAACAAAGUAUCACAGGUGCGAAACACUGUCAGUAGCAUCUUGAUGAGCCACAUGGCAUUUGACUCACCGUCUCAAGAAGAGGGAAAGAAGCAAGCGCCAUCAAUCGUAGAUGCAAUAGCAGCAACCAAUGUGGAAUCGGAGAGACACUCUACUACUAGCACGAGUGCAGACUGCGAUGCCACAGAUCAGCCUGUGUCUGACACCGCUUCAGAUAUGUCUUCUAUUGCUGAGUGUGCUGUUCAGGGAGUUCCGGGUGAGGGUGAGGCACAUGCAUCUCAAUGUGUACCUGAUCCAAAGGAAGGCAAGGAUAAUGUUUCACAAAUUGCAAGCCAUGUACAUAGCGAAGUUCGUACUUCAGGCUCAACUUCACUUGUGACAGCUGCUUUAGAUAAUAAGCGUGAUGGGUAUGAAUUAUCAUCCGCCACAUCUACUAUGAUAGCUAGUACUACUACUACAACUACUGAAAAGUCUGCAAGUUCUAAUCUUGCCACAAGUGUGUCAAACAUCUCAGCAUCUCCUUCCAUCACCCAACCACAGUACCUCCACUCCAACGCCGUCACUAAACCAUACUCAUCCUUAGCCGUCGACAGUAGUCCUGCAUUCCGUUAUCCGUAUGGUGCCGUUAUGGCUUCUUCUGCCAAUCAGCCACUAGCAUCGCUUGUCCCACAGGAGAGUAGGACAACAAGGCAAGCUGCAGCCAGUACAGGGGGCAGUGAGGACACUUCGUCAACUAGCUGUGUUCCUGGCACUCUUGCCAAUCCUGCUUCAGUUAGGCUUUCCAAUCUGGUAGUGUAUUCGUCAGACGAUGAUGACGACGAUGAUGAUGAUGAUGAUGACAAUGAGGAAGGAAAAGAGGAAGAUACUAGCACCGGUCAUGGCACUGCUGCUGCCGCUGGUGGUGAUGAUCACGAUGCAUCUAUGACAGCCGAUGUGCUGUCACCCGACGGUGUUGGUAAUGAUGACCUGAGUAUGCUGUCACCAUCGAAUAUUGCAGAGUGGCAAGUGUUAGAUGAAGCAACAGAUGAGGUAGACAACCCUGGCAGUGAUGCAGCGGGUAAGGAAAAUAGUGCAGACUCGGUAGUGGUCACAAAUGCCGCAACUGUUGAUGGUGGCAGCGAUGGGACAGGGAAGGACGAUGAUCAAUCUGCCACAGCUCCAGUGUAUCCUGUGUCCAUGACUGGUGCGUGCCCGUACUGCUUCUCAUCCGAUGUUGUGUACAUUAUUCUAUGCCCGGAGUCUCAGCCAGACGCUGAUCUUCCACCUCUGUUACGCAACCUCCUGCUCUGCGGCUGUGCUGAGAAGCUACCUCCACCAGAAGAUGGUCAGGAGGUGCCAUCGUUCCAGUGUCGCAGCUGUGGCUAUGGCUUCAACUUGAACUGGGUUGCUACAUCGCUGGAGGCUAUAUUUGGUGUGAAUGAUGAACCAGUAGAUCUUGAUCCCGGCAAAACGGACGAUGGUGCCUCUCCAUCUCCAGGUUCUGAGUCACCAACGUGCAACACACCAGCAAAGGAGGAGGAUUUAGAAGAUAAACCAGUCACCGAAGCUGAAGAUGCUGUUGUUGGUCCAGAGCAUGAUGCUGCCGGCCAGGGCAGUGACUGGGAUAUCUACUGGGAACAGUUGACAUCGGCGCAGAAAGCAGACUACACCGAAUGGUAUGCCACUCAUGUGCGUCAGCAGGCUGCACUUCAUGCCAUAUCAUCAUCCUUGCCUGCUCCUUUUGUACCGAUCCCAGUACCGAACUCAAAACCAACAGCGGCUAGUUAUACAGCUAUAAACAUUGCUGUGAACACUGCUAAGAAGCCUAGUGAGACUACUGCUGGGAGUACUGUGGACGAAGAAGCUGCUGAACAGCCUGGAAGAACAGAACGUCAACUGUUGGCUUCUUUACCUGAGGAGGUUCAUCAGCUUGAAGCUUUGCUGAGUCGUAUCGACAAGGCCAAAGCUGAAGAGCAACCCAAGGAUACCAACAACAGCUGCUCUGUGGAUAAGCCAGCAGAGCUAACAGCCACCGACAAGCCGUGGUGGCAAGUUGUAGCUGAGCGGCCAGUUCUGACAGCUGAAGAUACCUCACUUUCCGCUCCCGCUGCUAGUGGGUCUUGCAGUGGCUCGUCACCAGCGUCUUCUCCAGCUCCCAGUGCCUCAUCGCCAACCAUUGCUGCAGCAGCGACAGCGGAGAUGCCAACCGGCCCUGUGGCUUCACCCGAUAAGUUACCCAGUAGCAGCAGCAGCGAUGCUGCUGCAGUAUCAACACCAACUGCCAGCAGCUGUGGCACUGUUGACAGCUAUGUAGCACAGUCUGGUAGUGUAAGCACUGGUAGUGGUGUCCACAGUAGCCAUGGCAACGGCACUAGUGCCGGCGGCUAUGUCAAGCAGUAUGAGGAGUACAGUGUCCAAGGAGCAUUCAAUCCCUACACUGGGAAAUUCCAGAAAAAUUCGGCUCUUUUUCAGAAAGCUGCCAGUAGCAGUGAAGAUCAUACCAUCCGUCACAUGCAACAUCAUUUCGACACUGAAGAAUUGACCAUUGGCCCGGAGCAGCCUCCACCGAAAAAGCCCAAACUCUCCCGCACCGACAUUGAGCAUUUGAAGGUAAAAAAGAAGGAGAAGAAACGGCAGUUACGAGUGAAUGGCAGUUGAGUGGCGGCAUUGUUGUUCGGGUACUCCAGCAGCGUGUCUCUCCCAUUAUGUUUGCAGUACACUUUUUUACUGUCUUCACCGGUAUUUUAUUUCUACGCCCUGUACUAGUAGUAGGCCCCAUAGCUGCGCUCUCGUAUAGUGUAUGGUUGCUGGCCUAUGUACUAGAGUGCCAGAAUACCCGUCAUAAUAAUUAUUAUAAUAAUGUCACCGGUCUUGUAUCCACCAUGGGAACACUUUGUUCUGUCGAGCUGGACAUCUAUGCUAGGAUCUAUUCAUUCACGAAAACCAUGUAUGCAAGGACUUACAACUGAA